AUGAGAGCUCCCCUCGCCUCCGAGUUGUCUGAGUUGGCGGCGCCGCGCCCCGGCUUCCGGCUCUCGGCGCCCCACGCGCUCGCGGCUCCAGCGGCUGCAGCCCACGCCCGCACCGGGAGCCGAGCUCGCCGCGCCGCGCCGCGCCGCGCCGGGGAGCCCAGGCUCCCGAGCUCCUGUCCCGGCCCCGGUCCAGGGGAAAGCAGGGUGUCCCCGGGCAGAGGCGCACGGCCGCGCGGUCUCCCGCACUCUCCGCGGCCCAUCGGUCUCUCCAUGGCCUCUCAUCAGCAAUCCCGGAUCCAGGCUUACCUGGAGAAGAACAAGAUCGGUCCCCUGUUUGAGGAAUUAAUGACCAAGUUAAUUACUGAGACACCUGACCAGCCAAUCCCAUUUCUCAUUGACCAUCUUCAGUCUAAACAAGGAAACCGUGGACACCUUCAAAGAACUUUAUCUGGAUCUGCAGCUCUCUGGGCAGAAAGUGAAACAUUAGAACAUAAAGGAACAAGAAGGGAAUUCAGAAACUAUGAUAAACCCUGGCAGUUAAAUGCAAAGAAGCCUAAAAAGUCAAAAAGCGACCUUGCUGUGUCUAAUAUUUCUCCACCAUCACCAGAAUCAAAAUCAUUGCCAAGGUCAGUAGAUCAUCCUAAGUGGAAUUGGAGGACUAAACCAGAAAGCCGUGAUUUUGAUGAAUUGAACCACAUCCUUCAAGAGAGCAAGAAACUGGGAAAAGCCCUUGAGAAUCUCUCUCGAAGUAUUGCAAUUUCAGAUGAACUCGAUAAGGAAAUAGUGGCGUUUAACUCUUCGCUUCUGAGACCCCGCGUAAUUGGAGAGUGGAUUGGCCGAGAAGAGAAUGAUGCUGAUCCGCUGGCCGCUGAGAUGCUACAGCCCCCAGUGCCAAGAAGUAAAAAUGAACAAUGGGACAAGGAAGAUAACAGCUCUAGCCCCGCAGGGAGCUUAAAGGUGGAGCCCAAGACUAAAGGAUUAAAACAGCAGCAACAGCAGCAUAAGAAACUUCUGGCAGCAAUGCUCUCUCAAGAUUCGUUUGAGUCUGUCCAUAGCCCCACCCCAUCGGUAACAGAAGAAGAUAUUGAUGAUGAAGAUGAUGCAAUGGAAUUGCUGGGUAAUUUUAAAAAUUAAUAAUUUCUCUUUUUCUUCUCUGGCAUUGUAAAAGUGCGUAGUGGUUAAGAGAUUUUUAAAGUCUUGAGUGGUUUUGUCUUAGGGGAAAGAAACCAUUUAGCACACAUUUGCAUUAGACUUUCAUGGAGUUGCAUGCAAGAGUUAAGUUGAAAUCACCUGAGCUUGUGAAGUAUUUAUUAGACUGUAUUUUGUGCUUUGUAUAUGCAGCACUUACCUUCUGACUACUUAAUCAAGAUUUAUUC